CUGAAUUGAAUAAUUUUUUUUUUUGUUUUUCGUAUUUUACCACUGUGAGGAAACCGGGAACUGCCGGAGUACACGUGCGUGCCCGGUCCAAUCGCGAGCCCCGUCCCUGACGUCACACGCGCGACGUAGGUCCCCGCGGCCCUCGGUUUCCGGAAAUAUAUUCAGCAGCUGAUUCGCGUCGAACAGCGACACGCAACUGAGGUGAUUUUGGGCUUUCAAAAACCCUUCGGUUUUCGCCUCCGCUUGGAUUACCCUCUACUUAUUUCAGCGUCAGCGGACAAAAUGAAUGUGACUCUUGCUGUGAAGCAGUAUGUGUCGAAAAUGAUAGAGAGCAGCGGGCCUGGAAUGAAGGUGUUGUUGAUGGAUAAAGAGACGACAAGUAUUGUAAGUGUUGUAUAUACACAGUCCGAAAUUCUGCAGAAGGAGGUGUACCUCUUUGAACGAAUUGACUCUCAAAACAGAGAAAAUAUGAAGCACCUCAAGGCCAUCUGUUUCCUCCGUCCAACAAAGGAAAAUGUUGAACACUUGAUUCAGGAGUUGCGCCGCCCCAAGUACAGUGUUUACUUCAUCUAUUUUAGCAAUGUCAUCAGUAAGAGUGAAGUGAAAGCCUUGGCAGAAGCUGAUGAGCAGGAAGUGGUGGCUGAAGUGCAGGAAUUCUAUGGAGACUUCAUAGCAGUGAAUCCGCACCUCUUCUCCCUGAAUCUCCAGGGUGUUUCCAGGGGCCGCAGCUGGGAACCCACCUUGCUGACCCGUACUACCCAAGGCCUCACCUCAGUGCUGCUAGCCCUGAAGAAGUGCCCCAUGAUUCGCUAUCAGCUCUCCUCUGACAUGGCCAAGAGGCUGGCUGAAAGUGUUAAGCAAAUCAUCACGAAAGAGUAUGAGCUGUUUGACUUCAGGAAAACUGAGGUUCCCCCCCUUCUUCUUAUUCUGGAUCGGAGUGAUGAUGCCAUUACUCCACUGCUCAACCAGUGGACAUACCAAGCAAUGGUUCAUGAGAUGCUUGGCCUCAACAACAACCGCAUCGAUCUGUCUAGAGUCCCAGGGAUCAGUAAAGAUCUACGAGAGGUGGUGCUGUCUGCUGACAGUGAUGAAUUUUAUGCUAAUAAUAUGUACCUGAAUUUUGGGGAAAUUGGCUCCAACAUCAAGAACUUAAUGGAGGAUUUCCAGAAGAAGAAGCCAAAAGGUCAGCAGAAACUGGAGUCCAUUGCAGAUAUGAAGGCGUUUGUGGACAAUUACCCGCAGUUUAAGAAGAUGUCAGGCACUGUGUCAAAGCAUGUGACUGUGGUGGGUGAACUGUCACGAUUGGUGAGUGAGAGGCAGCUGAUGGAAGUGUCCGAGGUGGAGCAGGAGCUGGCCUGCCAGAACGACCACUCCAGUGCACACCAGAAUGUCCGCAGGCUGCUGCAGAACCCCAGAGUGAGUGAACUGGAUGCUGUGCGCCUGGUGAUGCUCUAUGCCCUGCGUUAUGAGAGACAUAGCAGCAGCAACCUCCCCGGUCUCAUGGAGGACCUCAACAGGAAGGGUGUGUCAGAGCGAUACCGCAGGAUGGUACAUUCUAUGGUAGAAUAUGGGGGAAAGCGUGUCCGAGGAAGUGAUCUCAUUACUCCAACAGAUGCAGUAGCCAUAACCAAGCAGUUCUUCAAGGGACUGAAGGGUGUGGAGAAUGUAUAUGCCCAGCACCAGCCCCUCCUGCAUGAGACUCUGGACCAGCUCAUCAAAGGCCGUCUGAAGGACAGCCAGUUCCCCUACCUGGGGCCCAGCACACUGAGAGACAGGCCUCAGGACAUUGUUGUGUUCAUUAUUGGAGGAGCCACGUAUGAAGAAGCACUGACGGUGUACACCUUAAACCGCACCACUCCUGGGGUUCGGAUCGUCCUGGGUGGGACUACUGUUCACAACACAAAGAGUUUCCUUGAAGAAGUGAUGGCUGCUGCAGGCUCAGGCGGGGAGAGGUCACAUGGAGUGGGUCGGAUUCCCAGCAGGCGUUGAGAUAGACCAUUCUAGCAGCGGCCCCAGCGACCUCCCUCCAGGACUCGGUGGAUGCAGUGCACAGCAGACCUGCUGUGUUCCCGGAACAAUUCAAUCUGCUGCCUUUCAACAAAUAACAGUUCAUAUUUCUUAUAAAACAUUCCCUGUUUGACCCAUAAAUUUAAUGUUACUGUAAGUGAUCCUUUUUGACAUUCUUGCAAACUGGUAUAAAAACACUGGUCAUUUGUGUGUCUGUCAUGCAGUCAUAUUACUCCAGGAUGUCCCUUUUUAGUCCAGAUUGAUCCGUACUGUCAUUGCAAGAGAAGCUACAGUAUAUAUAAAAGGAUAUUUGAUUCUCUAGAAUUUUUUCAUUGCAUGUAAGGUGACUUAUGUCAUUAUGCCAAUACAUUUUUUUUUUUUUUUUUAAUAGCUGCACUUAGAAUUGGCAAGUUUACCUAUUUCUCAGUGUUAACUCAGCAUGGAAGAGCAAAUGUAGACUGGAAGACUGUACCACAUCUUCUUCAACACUAGAGAAGUUUCCAUUCCAGAGCAAGUUCCUCAAACUAGAUUUGUCAGCUUCAGUUUCCCCCUGUGUGAGCUGCUGUCUAAACUGCACAAUAUAAGAAGAGAAUAUUUGCAUAAGUUCUCAUACUUUAAGCAGUUGGGAUGCAGCCAUGAGCAGACAGUACUUCUUACCAAGAAAGUAGAGACAGAAGUGCAGUGACUGGAAGAUUAGUCAUUGAUAUGUCAAAAAGUUACUUGGAAUGCCACAGAAAUGACACAAGUGAUGCCACGAAAGCCUUAGGAAGACAGUGAUGUCAUUACAAGUCACUUGUAACUGUACAGUAUAAGGUUCCUGUCGGUGGCAGGCCUGUCUGCCUGUAUACCAGAGAAGAAGCUGAAAGAGGAGUUGUAGUACAGGUGGUCCCUGACUUACAAUGGAGUUACAUUCCACAGAACCCAUCGUAAGUCAAAAAUACCGUAAGUCGAAAGUGCAUUUAAUACACCUAACCUACUGAACAGCAUAGCCUAGCAUACGUGCGAUGGCCGUUAUGCGCUUGCUGCCUUUAUGCUGAGCAAUUAUUUUGAGUUUCUCCUCAAGAGUAAUUGUCCUCCUCCUCUUCUUCCCACCAGUAGCAGGAAGCACAGAUGGGCAUUUCUGUGACAUGAUGGAUGCACAAAACACAAGUGCGUAGCAGACUGGGAGAUGCAGAUCACUGCCGCUGCCCAGCAUCACGAAAGAGUAUUGCACCGCUUAUCGCUUUCCCGGAAAAAAUUAAAAUUCGGAGUAUGGUUUCUAUGAACCAUCAUAAGUCGAAGAGCAUCUGUAUUUAUCUUACACCCAUAGUACUUAUCUUACACCCUAGCCUGUCUAGACAAGGUGUUAGCAAUUUUCCAGUUUUCCAUAAAGCGGGUAUUUCAUAGAAGCAGGUAGAAGCUAGCUCUGCACCAAAAAUGUGUUAAGAAUUAACCUUGAAUCUUGGCUAUUUCUGAUAGUUAAUGAUGAUCCUUGCUUUCACCACCAGGAAGGGUGUGAUGGCAAUCAAGUUGUCAUGAGAUUUGUGGGGAACAACAUAUAAUAUUCUGCUACACUUCUGAGAGGUUUAUUUAAAACCUGAACACAUCCUUUGUGAAGAUCUGUAAAGCAUCAUAAUCUCUGUUUUUGUGUGACAAUUUACAUUUUCUUUUGUCAUUACAAUGCACAAAGUUUUUUUUUUUGAUUUUAUGUUUCAACAACUGAUCUAUGUAUGGCUAAAUUCUGUG